AUGGCCUCCGCUCCCAUCAAGGUCCAGGAGGUCCUGGCGCUGCCGAGCCUGGGCAUCAACCAGCAGUACAUGGCGUUCCCGACCGUGACGAUGGAGUCCGACAAGUUCGUGUGCGUCCGCGAGACCGGCGAUCCGAAGCAGCUCACCAUCGUUGACAUGGCGACGCCCAUGCAACCCCAGCGCCGCCCCAUGCAGGCCGACUCCGUCAUCAUGCACCCGAACAGGAAGAUCAUCGCCGUCAGGGCGUUCCAGAACGAGGUCGACACGCUGCAGGUGUUCAACCUGGAGACGAAGGCCAAGCUGAAGGCCCACGCGCUGAACGAGCAGGUCGUGCUCUGGAAGUGGGUCGACGAGACGACGAUUGGGCUGGUGACGGCCACGACGGUCUACCACUGGUCGACCGAGGGCGACUCGGCGCCGCAGCGGAUGUUCGCGCGGUCGCAGAACCUCGCGCAGUGCCAGAUCAUCUCGUACAAGGUCUCCCCGGACGGCAAGUGGUGCGUCGUGGUCGGCAUCGCGCCGGGCAGCGCCGAGAGGCCGCAGCUGGUGCGCGGGCAGAUGCAACUGUGGUCCAUCGAGCAGUCCCGCGAGCAGAACCUCGAGGCGCACGCGGCGACGUUCGCGCAGUGCAAGCUGCCCGGCCGCGACCGCGCGACGCAGUGCAUCGCGAUCGCGCAGAAGACGGCGUCUUCGGGGUCGCUGCAGUCGAAGCUGCACGUCAUCGAGCUGGGCGCGCCGCCGGGGCAGACGGGCUUCAAGAAGCAGGCCGAGCUCUUCUUCCCCCCGGAGUUCGAGAACGACUUCCCCGUCGCGCUCAACGCGUCGGCGAAGCACGCGCUGGUCUUCGUCACCACCAAGCUGGGGCUGGUGUUCGUAUACGACCUGCCCACGGGCACCGCGGUGUACCGCACGCGCUUCUCGACGGACGCCGUCUUCCUCACGUGCGACGUCCCGGGCGUCGGCGGCGUGUACGCGGUCAACCGCCGCGGGCAGCUCCUCCUGCUGAGCGUCAACGAGGACACCAUCGUGCCCUACAUCUCCGGGCAGCUCCAGAACACCGAGGUCGCGCUCGCGCUCGCGUCGCGCGCGGGCCUCCCCGGCGCGGACUCGCUCAUCGUGCAGGAGUUCGAGCGCCUCAUGGGCGUCGGCAACUACCGGGAGGCCGCCGAGAUGGCCGCGCGGAGCCCGCGCGGGAUCCUGCGCACGGACCAGGUCAUGGCGCGGUUCAAGAGCGUGCAGGUCCAGCCGGGGCAGGCGUCGCCGCUGCUGCAGUACUUCGGCAUUCUGCUGCAGCAGGGCGCGCUGAACGAGCGCGAGAGCGUGGAGCUCGCGGGGCUGGUCCUGGCGCAGAACAAGAAGCACCUGCUCGUCAACUGGUUCAACGAGAACAAGCUGACGUCCUCGGAGCAGCUCGGCGACAUGCUCGCGCAGGCCGGCGACCAGGACCUGGCGCUGAAGAUGUACCAGAAGGGCAACGUGGCGUCCAAGGCGGUGACGCUCCUGGCCGCCAAGGGCGACUUCGAGUCCCUCAUGGCGUACACCGGCCAGACGGGCGUCAAGCCGGACUACAUGUACCUCCUGCAGGCGCUCAUGAAGGACAACCCCGAGGGCGCGCUCAACCUGGCCAAGGGCCUCGCGAAGCAGUCCCCGCCGCCCGUGGAGCCCGCGACGGUCGCGGAGCUCUUCCUGCAGCGCAACAUGAUCCGCGAGGCCACCGCGUUCCUGCUCGAGGCGCUCUCGGAGGACCGCGAGGAGGACGCCGUGCUGCAGACCAAGGUCAUCGAGAUUAACUUGAUCACGAACCCGCAGGUGGCGGACGCGAUCCUGUCGUCGGAGCGGUUCUCCUUCUACGACCGGCCGCGCGUGGCGCAGCAGUGCGAGCGCGCGGGGCUGUACAUGCGCGCGCUGCAGCACUACACCGAGCUCCCCGACAUCAAGCGCUGCGUGGUCAACACGCACGCGAUGCAGCCCGAGGAGCUCGUCGAGUACUUCGGGACGCUCUCGACCGACUGGGCGCUCGACUGCUGCCGCGAGCUGCUCUCUUCCAACGUCCAGCAGAACCUGCAGGUCGUGGUGCUUAUCUGCAAGGAAUACCGCGAGCAGCUCGGCGUGGACCCGAUCCUGGCCAUGUUCGACAAGUUCCGCCCGCACGGGUACGCCGGCGUGUACCACUUCCUCGCCGCGGAGAUCGCGACCACGACGGAGCCCGACAUCACCUUCCGGUACAUCGAGGCGGCGGCCAAGACGCAGCAGUACAAGGAGGUGGAGCGCAUCACGCGCGAGAGCGACCACUACGACCCGAAGAAGGUCAAGACGUUCCUGAUGGAGGCGAAGCUGCCGGACAUGCGCCCGCUCAUCAACGUGUGCGACCGCCACGACAUGGUGUACGACAUGGCCAAGUACCUGUACACGAACAACCACGUGCGGUACAUCGAGGGGUUCUGCCAGAAGGUCAACCCGCAGAAGACGCACGAGGUCGCCGCCGCGCUGCUGGACUCGGACGCCGAGUCGGAGCUGGUGAACUCGCUGGUGGUGUCGGUGCGCAGCCUGCUCAAGGUGGAGCCGCUCGUGGCGGUGUUCGAGGAGCGCUACAAGCUCAAGCAGCUCCUGCCGUUCCUCGAGCACCUCGUGAACGAGGGCAGCACCGACGUGCACGUCCACAACGCGCUGGGCAAGAUCAUGAUCGAGACCAACAACAACCCCGAGCACUUCAUCAGCACGAACCCGUACUACGACCCGCUCGUGGUCGGCAAGUUCGCCGAGAAGCGCGACCCGCACCUCGCGUGCGAGGCGUACAAGAAGGGCCAGUGCGACGACGCGCUGCUCGCGUGCACCAACAAGAACAGCCUCUUCAAGGUCCAGGCGCGCUACGUCGUCGGGCGCAAGGACGGCGAGCUCUGGGGCAAGGUCCUCGACGACGAGAACCAGCACCGCCGCUCCCUCAUCGACCAGGUCGUCGCGCACGCGCUCCCCGAGUGCAAGGACCCGGAGGAGGUGUCGGCCGCCGUCAAGGCCUUCAUGGCGCAGGAGCUGCAGGCGGAGCUCAUCGAGCUGCUCGAGAAGAUCGUGCUCAACAACUCGAGCUUCUCCGCGAACCCCAACCUCCAGAACCUGCUCAUCAUCACCGCGAUCAAGUCGGACCCCUCGCGCGUCAUGGACUACGUCAACCGCCUCGACAACUUCGACGGGCCCGCGGUCGCCGAGGUGGCCAUCGAGUACGAGCUCUUCGAGGAGGGCUGCGCGAUCUACAAGAAGUUCCGGCUGCACGUCGACGCCGUGCGCGUCAUGGUGGACCACCUGAAGGAUCUGGAGCGCGCGCUGGAGUAUACGACCAAGGUCGACGAGCCGGCGGUGUGGUCGGUGAUGGCCGCGGCGCAGCUCGCGGCGGGGCAGCCCGCGGCCGCGAUCGACUCGUACCUGCGCGCGAACGACGCGUCGGACUUCGUGGCGGUCAUCCGCGCCGCCAAGGAGCACGACGAGUACGCGCCGCUGGUCAAGUACCUGCUCAUGGUGCGCAAGCAGGUCAAGGAGGCGGAGGUCGACAACGAGCUCAUGUUUGCGUACGCGAAGACGGAGAACCUGGUCGCGCUGGAGGAGCUGCUCUCGGCGCCCAACAUGGCCGACGUGGAGCACGUGGGCGACAUGUGCUUCGAGGCGAAGAUGUACCCCGCGGCCAAGGUGGUGUUCAAGCACAUCCCGCACUGGGGCAAGCUCGCGAGCACGCUCGUGCGCAUGCAGGAGUUCGGCCAGGCGGUCGACGCGGCGCGCAAGGCCAACUCCAUCCGCACGUGGAAGGAGGUGUGCUACGCGUGCGUGGAGUUCGGCGAGUUCAAGCUCGCGCAGCUGUGCGGGCUCAACAUCAUCGUCAACGCCGACGAGAUGGACGAGCUGAGUCAGUUCUACCAGGAGCGCGACCACAUCGACCAGCUGCUCGACCUGUUCGAGGCCGGCAUCGGGUCGGACCGCGCGCACAUGGGCAUCUUCACCGAGCUCGGCGCCCUGUACGCGCGGUACCGCCCCGAGCGCCUCAUGGAGCACCUGAAGCUCUUUUCGGACCGCAUCAACAUCCCGCGCCUCAUCCGGGUGUGCGACCAGUACGCGCAGUGGGCCGCGCUCACCUUCCUGUACGUCAAGUACGAGGAGUACGACAACGCGCUCAACGUGGUCAUGGAGCACUCCCCCGACGCGUGGGAGCACGUCCUCUUCAAGGACAUUGCCGCCAAGGUGUCGUCGAUCGACCUGUACUACAAGGCGGUGCACUUCUACCUCGACGAGCACCCCGACCUCCUCAACGACGCCAUGCGCGUCCUCGAGCAGCGCAUCGACCACGCCAAGGUCGUGGGCAUCCUGCGGCAGCGCGGGCAGCUCCCGCUCAUCAAGCCCUACCUGCUGCACGUGCAGCCCGCGAACCUGGCCGCGGUGAACGAGGCCGUCAACGGCCUGCUCGUCGAGGAGGAGGACCACGAGGCGCUCGCGGAGUCGAUCGCGUCGUUCGACAACUACGACCAGGCGCGCCUGGCCGCCGAGCUCGAGCGCCACGCGCUGCUCGAGUUCCGCAAGAUCGCGGCGCAGAUCUACCGCAAGGUCCAGAAGUGGCGCGCCGCGAUCGAGCUGCUCAAGAAGGACCAGAUGUGGAGGGACGCCAUGGAGUACGCCAGCGAGUCGCAGGACAAGGAGAUCGUCGAGGAGAUGCUGCGCUUCUUCAUCGACCAGGGCCUCAAGGAGUGCUUCGCCGCGUGCCUCUUCACGUGCUACGACCUCGUCCCGCCGGACGUGGCCAUGGAGCUCGCCUGGCUGCACGGGUUGUCCGACGUGGUGAUGCCCUUCAUGGUCCAGUCGUUCCGGGACCUGCACGGGAAGGUGGACGUGCUCAUGGCCGACCGCCGCGAGCGGCUCGCGCGGGAGAAGGAGAGGGAGGGCGACGAGACGGAGAAGGAGGCGCAAGAGAUGAUGGCGGCCAUGAAGGCCAGUCAGACGCUGGCGCUGCCGGCGCCCGCGCAGCUGGUCAGCCAGGGGCCCGGGAUCCCCGACGGACAGCAGAAUUACCUCAUGCCCGGGUACAACGCCAACCCGAUGCUCAUGGCGCCGGGGCAGCAGUUCCAGGGCUGA